AUUCUCGCGUUUCCUGUGCUUUUGUACCCAGGUCAGUUUGAUGAGAGACAACAACAAUGUCAGGCUUGCGUUCAGACUGUUUGUCCUGGUGGUCCUGGUAUAUGGGCUUUGGAUCAUUGACAUGGAGUAGAAUGUUGGUAUUGUUGUCGACCUUGAAUGCAGAUAUUCCUUGUACCUUCAUCUUGCUUGGUUUAUGGAGCGCACAGUUGGCGGCUUUGAUGAAAGAAGUGUAUGUCGAUGUUUCGCCCUCGAUAUUGCAACUUGACAAUAAUUGUCCCUUUAUCUCCUGCGCUACAGCCCCCACAUUGCAGAUAGGCAGGACAGCAUUGAGAGCAGUUUCGAGUAGCUUCGAUUUCUUGCUGACAGAAAGGCUUUGAGAGGGACCUGUGCAUCUUGCAAGGAGUUCCUGCAGCAUUGUAUCUGCCUCACACUUCUCAAAGUUUUGGACGUCCCUCACAAUCCAUGGGCAGACAUUAUUGACU